AUGGAGGCCGUCCCCCCGGGGAGACCCAGCCUUCUGGGGGUGCUGCUGCAGGCCCUGCGGCUGUCAGCACUGCUCAUCCAGAACCGGGUGCACCUGUACAAUUUCUUGCUGCUCAAGAUCCUUCUCUUCAAUCACUGGGUGACAGGGCUGGCCCAGGAGGCCCGCGGGGACAGUGGCAGGCCAGCCCACACCCUGCUGGGAGCCCUGGGCCAGGCUCUGCAUGCCGGGGUGGCCCUGACUUGGGUCCCUGUGUGGCUGCUGCUGCGAGGUCCCAGGCUAGUGUGGGCAGCCAUGCUGGGCUGUGCCAGGACUGUGGGGUUGACUUUGCAGCGGCUGGGCCUGUCGGCGGCCAGCUGUGGGGAGCUGUUGCUGUCAUGUCUGCACAGCCUAAUGCUUGUAACCUUGCUGCUGGCGCUGCUGACCUGGAGAUUGUUCCAGAAGGUUCAUCGUUGUAGCCGGGGCUGGCUGCCAGACCAGAACCACACGGUGCUGGAACUGCGGAGCCGACUGUCCUGCUGGGCAGCGACCACGGCCGCACUGGCCUCCUGGCACCUGGCUUAUCUCAUCACCUGGCUCACCUGUCUCGCCUCCCACCUGCUGCAGGCUGCCUUUGAGCACACUGCCCAGCUGGCCCAGGCCCAGGAGAUGGAGCCGCAGGCGGCCCCUAGGACCCUGUUGGAGUCCCCACUCCAUAAGACCUUGAUCCCUGAGACAGGGCCUGUUCUGUCAGAGCCUGGGCCCCUUGGAGAAUAA